AAAUAAAAAAGAACUAUUGCUUUUGGUAGCUCUCUCUCUCUCUCAAUAAGAAAAUCUCUCACUCUUGGACUUUGAUAAUUCCCCUACACUACCAAUCAGGGAUUAGAGUAAGAUAAGCUUAGUCUAAUUAUUAAAUAUUAAACACAUCAGUUUGUCUUGUUUUCUGCUCUUUCGGUCCUGUCCUUGUUAACUUUUUUAUUUUAUAUAUUUUUUAUUUAUGCAUUUUGACAAAUUAAAGGUCUCUCUCUCUCUCUCCAAUGAAUGGAAUAUUUAACGGGGUUCGCUCUAUACUCAGUUCUUACACUUUUAGAUUCUCAGUUGGAGAAAGAGAAAAAAAAAAGAAAAAAACUUUAAAUUAUGAGAAUUCGUUUUUUUUUUCUUUUUCGCACCAUAUUGAAUCAGCACUCAGCUCUGGAUUCUAACUACGUCUCAUGACAAAUACUCUUUUAGUUUCUCUCCCUUUUGGACCAAAGUUUUUUAUCUUAUCAUGGCCUUGUAUUUGGUUACACAACUUCUACUACUCACAAUCACGUCUCUACUACCAGUAAAUGUAAAACCAAACCUUUUAUCAGCUUCUUUUAAAGCGUGGUUCUACCCAAUUAUUGCUUCAAAACCCAGAAAACAUGUGAAAAUUGUGAGAGCCUUCUCAUCGCAGUAGUGUCUGGUUUUUAGUACUUGGGUUUUUUUCUUCUUCUUCUUCUUCUUCUUUUUUGCUUCUGGUCCUUAGAUAUAGAUACGGAUGUAUCAUUAGAUUCUCAAACUCGGUUUUCGAAUCAAAGUUGCAUUUACUUUCCUUCAGACCUUUGAUAUAGACAACUCGGUUUUAUAUAAAUAUACAUAUAUAUAUAUUUAUAUAAAUUCAAGGCAUUGAGCUUUCAGGUUUCUGGUUACAGCGAUGGUCUCACAAGACUCACCCCCACAUCCACAUCCACAUCCAGACACAAAUAAUAUCGUACACCAAUUUCUCAUAUCUGAUCCCAUAAUUACCACUCAAACCCAAUUCCAGAACCAACAUUUUAAUGCUUAUGGUUCCAACUAUAGAGGUCACAGCAUAACAUACCCACCUCCUCAUCUUGGAAUUAUACCAGGUAUACAAUCACUUGGGGUUGGGGAAAGAAUGUCUAGAUCAAUGGACCUCGUCCAAGCUCCACCCACGACAGACGAUUCUCAGCUCAGUCACACCAGGCGUUUAAUGGAUCUUCUUGGUGCAUCAAACGACAACAACUACCAUGCCCAGAGCCAUAACAGCCAGAGCCAGAGCCAGAGCCAGAGGCUUUCUCUAUCUCUCGGUUCUCACAUGGUUGUUCCUUCUGUGGAAUACAGGCAGAGGUCGUUUAACUCAGAUCUCUUAACCCCAGCUUAUAUGGUUUCUGGAGAAGAACAAGUUCGAGAAGCGUGUAAUCCUCCAGGCUUGGAACAUGUAAACGACAACUACCCUUUUUCAGGAAGCUCAAUAGCUUCCUCUUCGGCAUCGUUGAAUCGAUCUUAUUCGACGUUGUAUGGGGCUGAUACUUUAUCCACUGUUAUUUCCCACUCUAGAUAUUUAAAACCUACACAGUCCCUUUUGGAUGAGAUUGUCAAUGUUGGUGGGAAAGCAGUCGAAAUGAGCAAUGAAAAAUAUGUUGACAAGUUACUUCGUGGGAAUCGAAGAGGGGGAGGGAGAGGUUUAAGCCUUUCUUCUGAACUAAGAGCUGAGUUCUGCAAUAGUGGAGUUGUAUCCCCCGAGAAACAAGAAUCCCAACUCAAAAUGACAAAGCUCAUCUCAUUGUUGGAAGAUGUGGAGGGAAGAUAUGAGAAAUACUACCAUCAAAUGGAGGAAAUCAUGGGUGCGUUUGAGAUGAUUGCAGGUUCAGAAGCAGCCAAGUCUUAUACAGCUUUAGCACUUCAAGCCAUGUCUAGGCAUUUUUGUAGCUUAAGGGACGCCGUUGUUUCGCGCAUUAAUGUUGAGAAACGAAAAUUAUCACACGAUUUGCCUAAAAUCAGUACAGGCCUAUCUCAGCUCAGCCUGUUCGAUAGAGAGACGAGAAAUAAUCGAAUCCCUCUUCAACAUCUUGGAAUGAUUCAAAACCAACGCCAAGCUUGGAGACCCAUCAGAGGUCUACCAGAGACCUCUGUGGCAAUCCUUAGAGCUUGGCUAUUUGAACACUUUCUUCACCCUUAUCCAAAUGAUUCUGAAAAACUAAUGUUGGCAUCACAAACAGGCCUCUCCAAAAACCAAGUUUCAAAUUGGUUCAUAAACGCUCGAGUGAGGCUUUGGAAGCCAAUGAUAGAAGAAAUGUACAAAGAAGAGUUUGGAGAUUCUUCAGAAGAUUCAAAUCCAUUUGCUGGGGGAUCCAUGGCAGGGGAAGGUGUCACAGACCAUGAAGAGGACUGAAGGCUAGCUCUAAAGAAAUGAUAUGAUAGGACCAUGCCAAUGACAAUGGCAAGGGUAGAAUAGGAAGAAACAAGUGCUCAAAUUCAUCAUGAAUUAUGUGGGGCUCAGUUAGUGUUGCAACUUGAAGUUAUCGUGUCAAUCAAUGAAUCCCAAAAAAAGAAUGGGAAAGUUUUUUUUACUUAACUAAUAGAAAUUUCUGGGCAAUCCAUGAAAGCAUUAUUGGAGUUUAGCCAUUUUCUCUGCAAUUA